AUGACCGGUCGAGAUUCCGAUAAGGGGCAUCGCUAUGUCGCCGCCCUGGAUAAUGCGCGAUGCCAGAACAAAUGGGACGAACUUCCCGAGCUCAUUCGCAAAGUGACGAAACACGCUCCUCAAAAGACCUGCCUGUUAGAGGUAGCCUCCGCCGAAUACCAGAUCGCCCAACAUCUUCAAAAGUCUCCUUCCUCCGCCCGACCUUCUUCCGCCGCCUCCUACAGUGUUUCCGAGCUCAUCCCUUCCCUCCUCUCCACCAUUGACAAGGCCGAGGGGUCGCAUCAAGAUGUGUUUCAGGCACAGAUUUGUUUGGGUUGGGUCCAUUGGGCCCUCAAUGAGCCGGCAUUGGCCGCAGCACGCCUUCCCCGAGACUUUGGAGAGACCUUGAACACGCUCACAAGCUCCGGGGAGGAGCUCUCCUCAUGGACCAAGGUGUGCCUGGUCAAGGGUUGCUACAUCAAAGGCAUGUCCUGGUUUUCCGACUCCCUCACAGCAUGGCUGAGUAGCCACGGUCAAUCCUCUUCCAACAACCCUCAAUUCCUGCAUUGGUCGGAGAAGCUGCUGGCCGAGGGGGCGUUGCUGGCCGGUGAUGAAGCCUGCAAGGACCUCGCUGCUCCCAACGACGAACUGGUUAAAACGGCCCUCAAGAUAUUCCGCGCGUGGUCGAAUCAUCCCCACGUCAAGCAGGGGCUACCGUCGCAGAGUAUUCCCGGUAGCACCGGCCCCUCUGCCUCCAAAUCACUAGUAUGGAAGUCAUACUACGACCUUCUGUCGGCCAUCCUUCAACAUGGUCUGGCCUACGCUCCUGCUGGGAACGGUCCGGAACGCCCGCAACUCGCGAGCGAGAUCAAGCGUAUCGAAUCCAUAUGCGAAAGCAACCUCCUCCGCGAGGUCAAAUUUCCUACGGCAGACGCUAGCAAUACCCAGAUAGAAGAAUGGGUGGAACAAGUGAUUCGGAAUUGGGAAGUCCUCUGUGGCUCUCAUUGGAAUGAUGCCGACCUGGGCGAGGGCGGACAAGAUGCAGUUGGUCGGAACGUUCUAGAUAUCCUGUACCGCGCGGCGACCAAGACCUACCACUCUCACCUAAUUCUUCGGCGACUUUUCCAUGUCCACUCUGCAUUGGCAGAGUUCGACCUGGCCGUCAAAGCUCUGGAUUCUUAUAUCGAAAUCGUUGUCAGUGCGAAAGAGAGAGCGGAGAAGUCAGCCCAGUAUGGCGAACUGGAGAAUGACGGCAUCCUACUCCGAACGCUCUCCGAGGGUGUAAUCAUGUUAUGCUGCUUCGGAUCCGCCAAGGAAGCCGAGAAGGCACGAGACCUUGUGGUUCUGUUGAAGAAGUUCGUGAACAAGCAUGUUCAAGAAGACAACGACGGUCAAGGGAAUGAGAUUCGUAUCAACCCAGAAACCAGCUCCACUCGCUCUCAGAUGGUGAUCCCAUCUGAUGUAGCCAUGGCUUAUAGAGGCAUUGGUAUUGGUCUUGCCAACUGGGCCAGUUGGACGCCAGUGAGCGAAAAGCGGGACGACAUACGUGCAGAGGCAAUCGAAUAUUUGGAAAAGAGUCUUGCGCCCGAGUUGGAGGAUGAGUCAAACUAUUCAUCGCUGUAUACUCUGGCUUUACUUCUCGCGGAAGAUCGGGACAUCGAUGGCGCAAUUGAGUACGUCAAAUCAGCUCUGACCACCACUACCCAUCCUGGAAGCUCGCGAGGGGAUUUCACUCGUGAGCGCGAUCUUGUGCCCUUGUGGCAUCUACUCGCCCUCUUGCUGAGCGCGAAAAAUGAUUUCGAUAUCGCUGAACGCUCUUGUGAAGCGGCAUUCGAACAAUUCCCCGCGGCUGUUACUUCCCUAGCCCACAAAGACCGACGCCCACAGAAACAACAGCACGGUACACAGGACCCCAACGCUAAUGGCAUGACACACGCCUUUAUUUGUCAGCUAAGAGGGCGAGAGAAAGAACGCAUCAUCGAAACACGCAUGAGCCAACUUGCUUUCGUCGAAGUCAUGGAGAGCCCCGAAGCGGCGGUUAACCAUAGCGAGCAGCUGCUCAGCCUCUUUGCGACACUCUUCGGUAACUUGGACCUCGAAGCAGAGGAUAAACUUGCCAAGUCAAACCAGCUACUUCCCCCCAAGAGCUCGGCCGGUACUGUGAAAAGCUUCCGUGGCAGUAUCUUUGGACGGCACAAGAAAGCGGAGUCCACGAUCGCCUCUAGACCAGAGAUUCCACAUCCACCAUCCGUUCAGGCGGAAUCUCGUACAGAUAAUACGCCAGCAAUACACGUGACAGAUGAAGAGAAGGGUGCCCCUCCUGGGACUUCCCAUACACUAGCCCGAUCCGACUCGCGGAAACUCCGCAAGCGCAGCAGUACGCUCAAAAACCAAGACGCGACCCAUGUGAAUGGGGAUGGACCCUCCCCUGUGGCAAGCGUAGAUGGAACUAGGACCCCACAGGCCAAUGGCGAAGAGAUGGCGCAACAAGAUAUGGUAGGACUCGCCAUCUCCAGUGCAAACCAGGAGCAAAGCGCAAAACAGCAACUGCCCCCAGUUUCCCACAACAUGAAGCACACACACCAGCCUGCUCCAGCCGGUCAUUCAAAGCAACCGCCGGAGCAAGACGUCCGCCUUCCCACUUCCUAUGGCUUUGACUCCCCGACUCGAGCGGUGACCAAGUUUCCGCUCACCCAGGCCCAACGCCAUGCGCUCUGUAUCCUGGUCAAGAUUUGGCUUCUCAUUGCCGGUCUGUACCGCCGGGCGUCACUGUUUGAGGACGCCCGGGAAGCUUGUGAGGAAGCUUCCAAACAUAUCGCCCGAGUAGAGGCUCUUGUGGCUGCUCAAGAUUCGUCCGCCCGAGGAUUACGGGAGCGCGGAUGGGGUGUACCCAGAAGUUCAGAAGAGCUCUGGGCUGAUCUCUACACAGAACAAGGACUGCUACUGAACGUACAGUCGCGUCCCCACGAGGCGAUGCAGCUUUUCGAGCAAGCCCUUAUUCGUGACCCUGACCAUCCGAAGGCCAUCAUCGCGCUAUCCAAUCUGCUCCUCGACAUCUGGGAACAGAAGCUACCCUUGGAGCCGCCGGAGCCCGAAAUCGAAACCGACCUGUCGAUGCUAUCUCUCGUCCCGAAGCCGAGCUCGGCCUCAAAGCAAGACGACGCCAAACAAGGAAAGAGACAGUCGGUGAUUGACACGACGCAGGCCGAAGCUCGUCAAGUGUCCCCAUCUACGACUCCUGACGAAGAGCCCAAGCUCCUCAACCGGAUCGCGGCUCGCGACCGAGCUUAUGGGAUGUUGUCGGCCUUGACCAAGCGGGGCACGUCGUGGGAUAACACCGAGGCUUGGUACGCCUUGUCGCGUGCGUACGAAGCACAGGGCCAAGUUGAAAAGCUGAAGGAAGUGCUUUGGUGGUGUAUUGAGCUGGAGGACCGACGGCCCAUCCGACACUGGUCCAACAUUGGCUCCGGUGUGUAUGUCCUCUAA